AGCAAUGACAUGGUUUCACCCACAACCCUGGCUGGAUGGUGCAUUUUCUGUUGCUUCAAUCACGUGACCAGGUACAUUAUAUUUCAAAGCGAGUGCAUGAUGAAAUAAAAUAAUAAACCGCGAUUGUUGCAUUUUGCCCAUCGUCAUUUGAUAUAGUCGUCGCUUCACUGCACAGUCGUGGUCAUUGACGCUUCGGAUGAACAGCUAGUGGAUUUCAGCAUAGCCCUCACUUUCAAAUAAAUCUUCAUGUCUGUUUUGGAUGCAGGAGAGAGACGAACAAAGAGAAUAUGAAUAUAGCAACAACUGCCAGCGUGAACAACAGUGUGAACGAAUCCGCCGUCGAAAACAUCAUCCCCCGCAUCGUCCUCAGCGGUUGGCUUGGCUUCGUGGGCGUUGUCGGAUUCUUCGGAAACCUCCUCAUCGUCACCGUGGUCGUCAUCUACCCGAAGCUCCGCACGAUCACCAAUGUUUAUGUGACAAGCUUGGCGAUGGCGGACAUGAUGACGUGUCUCACUAUCCCGUUCACGAUCGUCGGCGUGGUGUCGACCACGGGUUGGCCGUUGUCGGACGCGUCCUGCGUUCUCGUCGCCGUCGUCUCAUUCGUUUGCACGGGAUCCAGUGUUUGGCAUUUGGCCAUCAUCGGAUUCAACCGUAUGGUCCUGAUUACGAUGACGUCAUCAAGAUAUCGAAAGAUCUUUUCAAAGUCGAACGUGUUGAUUUUUCUGCUUGUCACAUGGUUCAUCCCACUGAGCGUGAUCCUGGUGCCUUAUCUUGGGGGUUUCACUCGUCUAGGAUAUGCCGAUGGACCGCACACCUGUUCAGACAUUGAAGAAAAUGAAGAUGGCUCGGAGAAUAUGAUUCACACCUACCUGCAGGCAACGUUCUUGACCUGUUUCCCACUCGCUCUCGUUCUCUUCUUCUACUUCCGCAUCUUCAUCUUCAUCCGCAAGCAUGAAAGCAACAAGAACACAUGGAAGACCAAUUCAUUAACCAGAGAAAGCGUCCCUCCAUCGUCUGGGCGAAAACCAGCAGCCGACACUGCGGGAACGAGUCAGUCCAUGACUCCGAUAGGAUCGAACGAUGCUGCAGUACCAGGAGCCAGUUCUGCCAAGGAUACCGCACAGGCGCCCUCUACGUCCGGAAAUAAUAGGGUUCAUCCAACCGCUGCCACCAAAAACAACAGUCGAAACUCCCUCGAGUACAAGAUCACCAAGAAUGCCUUCUACGUGGUCCUUGGUUUCCUCCUGUGUGUGAUUCCUUACGGUAUUUGCAUCCUAGGUGGGUACGGACCAGGUGGUACGCCGUUGGCAUUGGCCUUUCUUCUCUUCAACAGUUGCCUUAACCCCCUUAUCUAUGGAACCAAGCAUCCGCAGUUCAGAUCUUCUCUGGGGAAGAUGUUUAGAGGGCGCUUCACCGGACCGCUCUUCACGUCGCAUGCCGUUGGUCCUGUAGAUCACUGACAUGACUGAUAUUUGUGCUGUAGGUGGGCUUAACGACAGAUGGAUAUGGGAUAAACGACUUAAUGUUCUUUUGUCCAAUGGCUGAACUUUUAGUAUGUGUCGACUGUGAAAUUAAAGUUCCAAACAGAAUGGAUUCAUGACCCCACUACAUCAUAUCUUAUCGAAUGCACAUGAAGAUAAGAGGAAACUAGAUGUUCAUCCCCUUUUCCGUACACACACACACACACACACCCACGUAUAAACAACAUUAAUUAUACACUGCCUUUUACGCAUUUUCAUACGCAUCACCGACGUGCCUGUUGAUAUGAAUUCGUUUUUCAUAA